AUUUUACAUUAGCCGUCAAGGUGAAAUGUAUCUUGAGCGCAAGAGUUUAAACCGAUACAUGAAAGUACUGAGACAAGAUGGAUCAAAACUUAAGUGAAUUUACAAGAAAUGGAAUAUAUGUGUAUAAAAAUCGGCCACGGAUUGAAAGUUCUAAGUUUGUACCUUAUUUAGAAGAUCCUACCUGGGUAUCCUUGACGUGUAAUAGAAAAAACUGUUGUGGAACCGACAGUAAUUUUAGAUCAAUCGACACUAAUUCCCUGGGAAUGGGAAGUACUUUCGGUGAGAUUGGAAGCCCUUCAGAUGUGUCGUCUUUAGGGCCAGAAAAGGACAGAGGAUUCCUCAAUAAGGAUACAUCAAAACGAGGCAAAAUGGCAGUGCUGUUUUUAGUUCUAAUCAUUCUGAUUACUUUCAUUGCUGCAGCUGUUGGUGUAACACUAAGCUAUGUCCACCACCGAGAUAUUGUGAGACUCCAUGUGAAUUUCAGUGUUGAUAAUUACAAUGACACGCUAAUAUACCAGAAGCAACAGGAAGCUGAGGUGGCUGAAUUCUGUAGGAAGGUAAAGGAUGCAUUUCGUUCAACAGGACUUAUAUCUCAUUUUAUUGAAUGUAAAUGUGUGGACACCAGACAGACGCUAAGCAAAGUGACGUUCUCUUUUCUACUUGAUUUUACUAAUAACAAAGACACAGAAGAUAUGGAUCAAAUCAAGCGGAUCAUCAUAAGUGUCGUAAAUGAAAGGAAGAGGCAUUUAGAGCUCAGAGCACUGUAUUCUCGCCCAUCUCAGCCAACAGCAGAUAAGGAAGGCCCUGUUAUACUGAAGACAAAAAAAGAAGGAACUACAAAAUCCCCGGUAUUUGUGAAGACAACUCCUGCUGAAAUGAAGUCCACAACACAGAGAAAUAGACAAAUAUCUUCAAAAACUAAUUCCACUACAACAAAUACCAAUACGGCAUCAAGAAGCAAUGUUAAGAGUAUUCAAGAAAUGACGGUCAAAACUACAACCAUUGCAACAAAAACAGUCUCCACGACACCGGGAAUGAAUGCGUGGGACAGACUAUUGUCUCAGUUAAACAUCACCUGAGGUAGAUGACAGGGAGGACAAUACAGUUGAUGUCUACUGUUAUUUCCUUUCAACCUCGUUCAAAGAAGUUUAAAUCUUUUGUCAUUAAAUCUUGACUUUCCAUUUUUUUCAUUGCUUGUUUGCUUGGAACUCUUAAUAUCAGAAGAUCAAGUGUUAUACUAAGACUUGCAAAGUAAACAUGUAUGGGAAACCGCAUGUAUUAUUGUAAAUUACAUUGUAUGUAAA